AUGGAUAAAGUUGCUGAGAUAGUUGAAGAGAUCACAAACCACAAAGAAGAAGCAAAUAAAGGACUACAGCUUCUUAAAGAACCCCAUGACCUGGAUGUUCAUUACUUUGCCAUUGAUCUCAAGCAACAGCAACUGUGCCCAAAGAUGCCUAUUAAUAGGGCAUAUUAUGCCAUGAGAGAGGAAGAAGACAGCAUUAAGCACCUGCGAAUUUUUGCUGAUAAUUGUGCAGGACAAAAUAAAAAUAUCUUCAACGUCCUGUUAAUGCUGCAACAAAUUUGUGACCAUGCCUUUGGUCAUAUAGAACUGAUGCUGCAGUGUUUGGUAUACACUAAAACUUUUUUAUUCAGUAGUAAGGAGAAGCGCAGGAAACGUAGACUUUCGGAAACUAUACGUGAAACAAUUGAGAGAGAAAAGAAAGAACAAGACGAAUCAGAAACUAGUUCACAGACUGGUACAACUAUCACUGAUGAAGACAUGGGGUCAGGGGCCUCAGAGGUGGAAAGCAAUACAACCGGAUUAGAGGAGGAAGAUGGAGAAGAUGAGGAGGAAGAAGUUGAAGAAGAUGAGACAAGUGAUGAAGAGACAUUUGAGAAACAUUUCCCUAUUGUUAUCCCAGAUAAUCUAAAGUCAGUUUUAGAACAGGAUUAUUAUUUCAUCAAUGAAAAAGAUAAGAUAUUGGAUCUGCCAACUUCUAGAACAGCAUUAAGCUUGCUAGAAUCAUAUGUUAGAUUCUUUGCUGUUCGUUAUAUACCAAGAACAAAAGAAAGGAGAAGAAGUGAGCUGAAAGAGAGAGACAAAACAUUCCUCACCCUGGACCUUUGUAAAGAAGUUAUGGAUGGUAUUCGAAUCUGUUUCGAUUUUCAUAUUGAAACCCAUUUGCUCUAUAGUAAAGAGUUGAAGCAAGCUGAGAAACUUCGUACAGCUAAACCCAUUAUUGUCAAAGGGGAACCAGAGAUAACACAAGAUCUAUUACUGCAAGUUGAAGAAAGGGAUAAUGAAGCAGCACUGUCAAACAAGGAAGAAAUGGAGACAGAAGAAAUUAAACCAAAACAAGAAAAGGGCACAAAAGAGGAAGAAAAAGCUAAAGGGAAUGAGGGGACUGCCCGGCGCCAGCUAAGAUCAAAGCGACCUCUUUCAGGAGAAUCAAGCAGUACAACAGAAAAAGACAAAAAUCCCUCAUCCCUACCUCCACCUCAGACAUGUGAAUCUGGCCGAAGUACACCCACCACAAUAACGUCAGGAACUAGCACUGCAGGAAUUAGUGGUCUUGGUGGGACAGAUAUCAGUUGUGUUUCAUUGUAUGAGAAGGUCCAACCCCAGUUACAGGAUUGGUCAUUAUUACCAGAAACUCACAGAGAUCCACCUCCACCAUCUCUUCUCUAUGGCCCUCUUCACCUAAUAAGACUGUUUGUGAAACUGCCCGAGAUUUUAUAUCGAAUGAACUUACCAGAAAUCAAGAAAAAGAUCAUACUGAAGCAUAUGGAACUUUUUCUGGAAUAUGUUAGUAACCACAGUGAAGAUUUGUUCCAGGAGUCCCAUUAUAUACCGAAUCCAUACUUGUAAGAGCAAGACUUAAUAAGUAAGGUUUGAAUACCUUAUGUAGCUUCCAGUUGUGAAUCUGAAUCUUAAGGUAACAUUUCUGUGCCAAAAACAAAGUUUUCUCUGACUCAGAUUUCCAUAUUUUGCAUACGUAUCUGGAAAAGCAAAGCCUAGCUUAAUAAUUGUCCAUGUGUCAGAUGUCAUAAUGAAAAAUACGUAGAUUAAUUGACAGGGAAAAAUGUUAAUUUAGGCAGAUAUUAUCAUACAGUGAAUAUAACUGGUGCUAAUUUGUUGUGCUUCAUAAAAUUGAAAGCUAUUUGUCCGUAGAAGCUGUAAUUUACAAAUAUCACUUGUUUAUGAAAUCUCCAUCCUAAUACAUACCUGGUAUAAUAGUAUUAGUAACAGCUUUGAACCGUUUCUUUCUUCAAGUGCAAGAAAUGGUGAGAUUGCUCAUACUUUUAACAUGAACACAUCUUUUCCAAUGUAAUAAAACUUCAUUGAGGAUGUGAGUAGUGAUUUUUUUUUUCUUUUUUUUUAGGAUCCUCUCUUGCAGUACUAUCUCAAAUCUUUGUACUUGCAUUUUGAUUAGCUAUUGUUAGUUUAGCCAACCUGUUUAAGUUAUCAGUAUACUAAGUUGUCUUUUUAAAGAAAUUUGAUAUUACCCUUAAUACAUGGUCAUGUGCAUUGCAUUUCAUGUCAUAGAUUUCAUAAUAAGGUAUCACAAGUUUUCAUAGUUUGUCUUUCAUUUCUAAUAUUUUACAGUAAAAUUUGGAUUAUCUUGCAUCAUUGUGAAUUAUAAAAAUUUUGAAUAAUUAUAUGGUGUACCUUUCAUUCCUUAACAUUUUUUGUUGGAUAGCUAUAGGCAACUGCUGUUGGCACGUGUCAAACGCUAACGCUACUAACAUUACAGUUGUCAAAUUGUAUUUUUAUCAAAAUAAAAUUUCAAAACAUAAAA